AUGCCGUGGGUUUAGGUUGGUGUGUAUUUCUGGGUGGAUCAUGGUGUUGAGUGAGAGGUAUUCCUUGGGGGCCAGUGCCUCUGAGUAUGGAAGUUCUUGCUGUGUUUUUCUGGCAGAGCUUUCCUGUCACCCUGGUUUUGAACACUUCUCUAAGCCUUCUGUAAUGUUCUUGAUAUUGGAGUCAGAAUUUUUCCUUUUUCAGUUUGUACCAUAAACAAUGGGGAUGUUUUGCUGUCUUUCAUUGUUUACAUAUUUCUAAGUGGGAGGAGAAAGUUGAUUAACAGUUGGCUUGACCAAUGUGGUUUGAGAGGUGGAAUUCCAUCCUCUGAUCCACAGGCCCCAUAGGAAAUAUAUAAAUUGAGUUUUGAUAAUAAACUUGGCCUCUCUUCUCCUGCUCUGCACACCUGCGUGUCCUGGUGUGGUUCUUUUCCUGUCUUCUGUGACACUCACCUGCCUGAGAUGAAAAGCAAGAGCUUGUCAUUCAUCAAGCAGGUGGAAAAUGAGUUAGGAAGAACAGCUCUUCAUUGAAAUACGUGAAGAAUUCUUAGGAACUGUGGUUGCACUGUGCAGUUUCAGUGUUCGUGGCAGAACGGUGUGCUGGGCUGGGAUGCAUUUGAGUUCCAAAGGGAGAGAAUUCCAUGGAAUGUUUCUGGUUACUGGAGCUUGUUGGCACUGAUGUCAAAGUACUUAGGGACUGAUGUUCUGCUCCUAAGGGAGGUGUAUUCUUUUUCUGGUGUAGUACAGCUUUUCCUUGUCGUCUUUCUGCCUUGCUAUGUUAUUUGCUGGUCCAGGAGGGGACUGGAGUGUGAGGAGUGUGGCUUUGCUCCUGAUGGGGAGGGAAGGGGAGAGGAGGUGUAGGGACAAUCUCUGUAUUUGACUUUUUCUGGAGGAAAUCAGGAGAGUGGUUCCUCAUCAGGAGGCCUGCAAGGUCCCCAUGAGCACUCCCAUCAAAGGGCAGGUCUCUAAUGAAGGAAGGGGAUGAUGUAGACAUUUAGAAAUAAUUUUGUUUAGAAAACAUUUACUAAAGGGAAAAUAAAAAGUAUGGAUGCAGAAGAGAAGAGGAAUCAAGGAGGGUAAUGUGAGGCAUGAAAGAAAAAGGAAGAGAAAGAAAAGAAAGUUAAGUAAAGGAAUAAAAGAAGAGAAAGGCCAAGUUGUCUCUGCAAGUAAAAAAUCAAGUAAGGAAGAAAGAGAGCAAAAAGGAAAGAAGGGAUGACAGAGGAGAUUAUGGGCAUACACGAACAUUUUCUCUGCAUGCACCAACAUUUUCUCUACAUGCUCUGUGCAGUCGAGGACCUCUGUGUCCUCGGUACUGAGGAACGCUGUGCAAGCCUCGAUGAGAAGUGAUGAGGAACAGGAAUCAGAGGUUUUGUGUAACGGUGUGGCUGCACUCCAUGGUGAGAAUGAUGUAGUCAUGUAGAAAAUAGUGUAUUAAAAGAGCAAGAGAAUAGGCAAAGAUUGAAGAAGAGACAGCGAGGGAAGGACAAGGAAACGGAAAGGUAAAGGAAACGAAAAAGAAAGAAAAGAAAAAACGAAAAGAAAAAAAGAAAAGGAAAAGGUGAAAGAAUUUAAAAGAUAUGAAGAUAAAUGAAAAAAGAUGAAAUAUUAUAUGAGUGUGCGAGCUUGCAGCAAUUUUAUCUCUGUACACAAAAAGGAGGGAUGAGGUGAGGGAGAGACAGAAAAAGAAAUGAAUGAAAGAAGGAAGGUGAGAAAGAGGAGAAAUCAAGAGGGGGUAAAUCAAGGAGAUUACCAGGAUGCACCGACGUUCUCUUCUAACGCUGGGUGCAGGUGGUCUCCUGUGAUCUCCCAUUCGCUGCUGUCCCGUUCGGAGGAGAUGAUGCCCCGUAAUUCGAGCUCCUGGCUCCGUCAUUGAGUGCCUCGAUCGCGGCCUCCGAGGUUAGCGGCAGCAUGGCAGCAGAGUUAUGAAAGAGACGGAUGGAAAUAAAAGGUAGAGGGCAGUAAAAAAUGAACAUGCUGGGCAAGAAAGAAGAAGAGAAAGAAGUAGUAAGCAAACCAGAAGAAAAAAGAAAGAGAUGGAGGCGGCAAAAUAAACGGUAAAUAGAAAAGAAAAACAUAAAAAGAUAAUUUAAAAAAAUUAAAAACACAGAACUGAAAUAUAAAAGAAGAGAGAUGGAAAAAGCAGAAUAAAGGAAAAAAGGAACAUGAGGAAGCACGUUACAAAAAAAAAAAAAAACCAAAAAAAAAAAUAGAUACUGCGGGACACGGCAGAGAAGAUGGCCAUGACGGGCGGAGGCGCUGGCGCUGUGCGGAGCGUGUGGGGCGGCGGAGCAGCGCACGGUGUCGCUGCAGGCUCAGGAACGGCGUGCGGGCGGCUCCGCCCCGGUGCGGCGGAGAGCCCGGCUGUGAGCGCGGGGGGGCGGCGCGGGCCGGGCAGCAGAGCCGCUGCGUGCGGGCGGCGGCGGGAGCCGUGCGGGGCCCGUGCCGGGGCCGGCACCAACUGCGGCCACAGCGGCGGCGGCGGCAGCGAUGGGCUCGCGUUGGUGUGCGGCGCUGCUGCGGGUGCUGGUGCUGCAGGCGGCCUGGGCGCUGGCGGGCGGGCAGGUGCGGUACUCGGUGGCGGAGGAAGCCAAGGCCGGCACGGUGGUGGGCCGUCUUUCGCAGGACCUGGGGCUGGAGGCGGGCGAGGCGGAGGCGCGGCGGCUGCGGCUGGUGGCGCAGGGCCGGCGGGCGAGCGUGGAGCUGAGCGGGGCGAGCGGCGCGCUGCUGGUGAGCUCGCGGCUCGACCGGGAGGAGCUGUGCGGCAAGAGCGCGCCGUGCGUGCUGCGCCUGGAGGUGCUGCUGGAGCGGCCGCUGCGCGUCUUCCAUGUGGAGCUGGAGGUCACCGACAUCAACGACAAUGCCCCCAUCUUCCCCGCCGCCCGCAGAAACCUCAGUUUAUCGGAGACCUCCCCUCCUGGAUUUCGUAUCCCGCUGGAGGGCGCAUCGGAUGCGGAUAUCGGAGCGAAUGCGCACCUCUCCUACACACUCAGCCCCAGCGAGCAUUUCUCUCUGGAUUUACAAAAAUCGAAUGAUGAACCUGAACUCGUUUUAACGAAAUCUCUGGACCGCGAGACGAUUCCCGUUCACCGGUUGGUGCUCACGGCGAGUGACGGGGGCCGACCGUCUCUGACAGGGACAGUGGAACUGGAGAUCUCCGUGCUGGAUGUGAACGACAACGCGCCCCAGUUCAACCAGUCCGUGUAUAAAGUGCAGCUGCCGGAGAACGCUACAGAGGGGACGCUGGUGACGAGGGUGAAUGCCAUGGAUGGGGACGAGGGAAUUAACAGUGAGGUGACCUAUGCCGUGACGAACUUCAUUCCUCCCAGUGGAAAAGAUGUGAUUUCUGUCAAUCCCAAGACAGGGGAGAUUCACCUCACAGCAGCCCUGGACUUCGAAGAAGUCAAUCUGUUCAAUUUUCGUAUCGAGGCCAGAGACAAAGGUUUUCCCGCACUGUCGGGUCACUGUAAAGUGGUGCUGGAGGUGCUGGACGUGAACGACAACGCACCCGAGGUGCGGGUGACGUCGCUGUCGGUGCCGGUGGCGGAGGACGCGGCGGUGGGGACGGUGGUGGCGGUGCUGAGCGUGUCGGACCGGGACUCGGGGGCGAACGGGCGCGUGCGGUGCUGGGUGUGGCCGGCGUCGCCGUUCGGUGUGGAGGCGACGUUCUCGGGCUCGUACUCGCUGGUGCUGCGCGAGGCGCUGGACCGGGAGCGGGUGUCGGAGUACGAGGUGGAGGUGCGUGCGGAGGACGGCGGGGCGCCGGCGCUGCGCGCCAGCCGCGGGCUGCGGGUGCCCGUGUCGGACGUGAACGACAACGCGCCGGCGUUCGCGCAGGCCGUGUACACGGUGCUGGCGCGGGAGAACAACGCGGCGGGCGCCGAGCUGGCGCGGCUGUGGGCGCGGGACCCGGACGAGGCGGGCAACGGGCGCGUCAGCUACUCGCUGUGGGAGGGCGGCGCGGGCGCGCUGUCGCCGUCGUCGUGGUCGGGGGCGGCGGGCGGCGGGUGGCGGCCGGCGUCGAGCUACGUGUCGGUGGACGCGGAGAGCGGGCGCGUGUGGGCGCUGCAGCCCUUGGACUACGAGGAGCUGCAGGUGCUGCAGUUCGAGGUGCGCGCGGUGGACGCGGGCGAGCCGCCGCUGAGCGGCAACGCCACGGUGCAGCUGUUCGUGCUGGACGAGAACGACAACGCGCCGGCGCUGCUGCCGCCGCCCGCGGGCUCGGCGGCCGAGGCGGGCGGCGCAGCGGCCGAGGCGGCGGCGGCGGGCUGGGGCUCGGGCACGCUGUGGGCGUGGGCGGCGUGGGGGGCGCCGGCGGGCCAGGUGGUGGCCAAGAUCCGCGCCGUGGACGCCGACUCGGGCUACAACGCGUGGCUGCGCUACGAGCUGCGGGAGGCGCGGCCCAAGGGCCCGUUCCGCGUGGGGCUCUACAGCGGCGAGGUGAGCACGGCGCGGCCGCUGGACGAGGCGGACGGCGCUCGCCACACGCUGCUCAUCGUGGUGCGCGACCACGGCGAGCCGGCGCGCUCGGCCACGGCCACGCUCAGCGUGUCGCUGCUGGAGGCGGCCGAGGCGGCGCUGGCCGCGGCCGCGGGAUCGUCGUCGUCGUCGUCGUCGUCGUCGUCGUGGCGGGCGGCGCCGGGCGCCGAGACGGGGCCCAGCGGAGCGAGUGCGGCCACCAACGUGUGGCUGGUGGUGGCCAUCUGCGCCGUGUCGAGCCUGUUUCUGCUGGCCGUGGUGCUGUACGGGGCGGCGCGCUGGGCGCCGCGGGCGGCCGUGCUGUCGGCGCCCGGGCCCACCACGCUGGUGUGCGCCAGCGAAGUGGGCAGCUGGUCGUACUCGCAGCGCCACAGCCGCAGCCUGUGCGUGGCGGACGGCGCGGCCAAGAGCGACCUCAUGGUUUUCAGCCCCAACUUCCCUCCGCCGCCGCCCGGCGCCGCGCCCAAGGACCCGCAGCCGGAGCCCUCCUCUCUCCUCCACACGGUCAGUGCUCCUGCAUUCCUUCCCUUCCCUCCUUCUUAUCCGCCCUAUGUGUAGCUGCUGUUUAAAGCGCGGCUCGAUUCCCAUGGUUCACGGACGUUGGGUACUUAAGGGUGGCAAUGGUCACUUUUAUUUGUUACCGCGUCUUUGCCGGAGCCCUCGGCUCUUUCUGAGGGCGGUUCAGAAUGUAAAUAUGGCAGCAGUGUCGAGCAGUUACUGUAGGCAGAUGAGGUGUGGUCCUCUGAAUGUGAUUUGUUCUGCUCUAGAAUUAAAUUAUGUCCUGUGCAAGAAGCAGCGCCCGGAGGUGUGAGAUUUGCAGACAGCCGGGGGGUUCUGAUGCUGAUGUGUCACAUUUCCACCCGAGUUGAGUGAAGGAGUUCCAGACAGCCAGGCUGUGGUGCUGACAGGCUCGCAGGCGCUAAUUACCACCUCAUUGCCUUUGCUGUCUGUUUACUGGACUGGUAUUCAUUUGUCUUUUUAUCGUCUCUUUAAUUAUGGUUAUGUGAAGUUAUGAUGCAAGGUGAAAAGUGGAUAUUCAAGGACAGAAGUUCUCUAUUUUAAUUGUAUUAUUAUUUUUAAAAAUAGGGUGUUUGUGGCAAAGAUUUCCUAUGAUCUUCUUGUGAUCUUUUUGCAAGUAUCAUGUUGUUCUGGUUAGUAGUAUAAAGUAUUCAUGGAGAAGAGUGUGACCAAAGGUUUGUGUUUCAAGAAGGAAGUUUAUUUCUUGUUUUCCUGCUGCCCUCUUUCCUGAGGAUUUGCAUGUCUGACCAGAGACAUAGUGUGAAGUACUCUGUCCUUUUCUGAUGUCCUCUCAAAAUUCGCAUCAAUUGUCACAAUAAUCGUCAAGA